AUGAAAAAAGUACCCCUGGGAUCUAUCGCCGAGCUUCCAGCUGAAUCGUGCACAGAGGUUAGAGCAAGUGAAGGAAAUGAUGUGGAAAAUAAGAAACACUGGAUAUACUCUGAUGAGAAAAGUUUGCCAAUAGAGGCUCUUUGUGAAGGUAGCUGGCAGAAGGUAAAUGGUGAAUAUUCUGUCUGCUUUGGAGCGAAAGAUAAUCAGUAUGGUUCCGUGACAAUCCCCAAAAGUGGACGUCUCCGAGCCAUGAAGCUCAUCCACAAAUCAGGAUCGUUACGCUGCAAUCGCGUAACUGGCUCAUCGUUCUGGGGUUGCACUUACAGUGCAUAUAAUGGAAAACUAUCGACAAUUAUAACAGAUGCUGAUAAAAACGCCGUCCUACCUCCUGAUGAAGACCUAGAAGGGUUAAAUGUCUCACAAUCUCACGGAUGUGGCACCGAAAAACACUUUUACAGUCUCGAUGGGACCAGCCACAAUUCUACUGUACUGGUUUUUCGCAACCUUUCGAAUCCGUUGUCUGUGUCACGCGAUCAAGAGUUGCAGAUAUGGUACGGACAAGAUCUGAAAGACUGUUCGGAACGUGGGAACAGUGGUGAAACUUGUGUUGAUGUGUUUGCAUGGUACGAGUAAGAGAACCGUCACUCAGGAAAAAUUUCAAUCGAAUACCAAAAGUCAGCUUUCGUUUUGUUUUACUUCGUUCUUUGGUUUAGGAAAU